UGGAUAUGAGUCGAUUGUCCCUUGUACUCCUUAUCGCUUGCAACAUUUUUCCCUUGAUUUUCCGAUGGUUUUUCCUUCGGCAUGGAUGCUUAUUAUUUUUGGCAUUUUAUAAAAGCAGUUUGAUUUCCGUUGAGUCAUUUGAAGAUAUUUUUAUCCAUUAAUCAUAAAAAUUUAUUAAUAAUGUUAUCCACUAGUUUAUCCAAAUCUAUAUUGUCCAAACCUCUUGUAAGAGGCUUGAUGUCCCGCCAAUAUUUAAGUUACAGCACUUCUGGUCCCGGCUUGAAUUUCUCUCCUUUUGCUAACUUAACCAAUACUCAAAAAUUAGCCUUGAGUGUAAGUGGAUAUCUUUUGGCUUGCUUAGGAGUGGUAUCAAUUGCUGAAAGAAAAAAAUUCUCUCAUGUUUUUAAACAAUUGGGAGAGUGGUAAUUUACGAUAAUGAAACAUCUUCUCUACUCUUUUAUUUCUUGAAUCUUUACCGGUGUUCUUUCU